CGUCACCGAACCGGAUGUUGAUAUAAAGUCUGGCGAAAGCGCAGAAAGGAAACAGCAGCGCGAGCUGUACGGAAAUAAACAAACACUCGAUCUAAAUCUGCUGGUGUGUGUGUGUGUCGCAGGAAUCAUGGGCCGGAUCUUCUUGGAUCACAUCGGUGGGACGCGCCUGUUUUCCUGCGCGAACUGUGACACGAUCCUGACGAACCGCUCAGAGCUGAUCUCAACCCGCUUUACUGGAGCCACAGGGAGAGCCUUCCUCUUCAACAAGGUGGUGAACCUGCAGUACAGUGAGGUGCAGGACCGUGUGAUGUUGACCGGCAGACACAUGGUUCGGGACGUGAGCUGUAAGAACUGCAACAGUAAACUGGGCUGGAUCUACGAGUUCGCCACAGAGGACAGCCAGCGCUAUAAAGAGGGUCGAGUGAUCCUGGAGCGAGCGCUGGUGCGGGAGAGCGAGGGGUUCGAGGAGCACGUGCCGUCAGACGCCUCCUGAGUCACCUGACCUCCGUCAGCCCGGUCACGUGAUCACAUGACCUUCAUCAGCCCAGUCACGUGACCUCCGUCAGCCCAGUCACAUGAUCACCCUCAGCCCGCCUUCUCGCAGAGAAACAUGAUUUUAUCUAAAUAGAUUUACAAAUAAACACUCAUUUGACGCUGAAAAA